UUGCCCAGCUUCCAGCCCUGCAGUUUUGCCUGCCCUUGAACUUAUGUAGAUGGAGUCAGGGGUGGGUCCCCUGGGUGCCUGGCUCGUUACUCUUGUCACCCUGCUUCUGAGGUUCACCCUGGUUGUUGCAUGUGGUGGUAGAUUGUGCCCUUCUCAGAGCGGGUGGAGUCUUCCACCGUGUGGCUGCCGCUGUUCAUUUAUCUGCUCUAAAAUGUGUUGAUCUACUUUGAUGCUGAAUUCUUUUUUCUUUUUUAAUUAUUUAUUUAGUUAGUUUGUUUAUUUAUUUGGCCAUGACACGCAGCUUGCAGGAUCUUAGUUCCCCGACUGGGGAUCGAACCCGUGCCCCCCUGUAGUAGAAUCACGGAGUCCUAACCACUGGACCACCAGGGGAUUCCCUGAGUUCUUUUUUAAUAUAAGAUACCCCAUGCCUGCUUUCUGCCCAGUGUUAGAUCCUGAGUUUCUUCACCUGAUUAAGGUGCUAAAGUAAGAAACAAAGGAAUGAACAGGGUUAAUACCACUGGAGAAUGUUGCAGGUCGGAGUUUCUAAAUUAUAUGAAACGUUGCAACUCAGUUACUGAUGCCAGUUUAAUGUUGGGAAGUCACAUUUGUCUGUUUUUAGUUUUGGUCUCUGCUGCUGUACUAAAUAACCAGAAAUGGGCUGUAGUCAGGACCCAAGUAAAGAAUUAAACGUGCCUACUUAGCCUAGAGACCCAGCUGUAGAAACAGUGGCCGCCGUCUCCCCUGCCCUGGCUCAGUGCAGCAGGAGGCUCCCCUGGUAGCUGUCAUCUGGGGCUCUCCCCAGUCCCCGCCCCUCCCUAGGGCUGUUUCCCUUUUCACGCGGUAGCCUGGUGGGGGUGUGCCCCUAUUUAAGUGGGGUAAUUCCAGCACCCUCACCAGCUUGGAAACAACCAGGAGCCCGGGGUGGGCUGACAGCCCACCUGAUGCCCCUCACUUGCUUCUCUGGGACCCUAGCCUUCACUAUUACUCGGAAGCUUGCCGCUGUAGUGCCUUUUUCAUUUCCUUCCUUCAGUCCGCACUCAAGAGGGGCCCCAAGCCAACAUGUGUUGAAGCCCAGACCAGGCCAGCCUGGCUCUCUCUCUGAAUAACCAGAAUAGAGGGAGAUACCUGUGUGUGGACCUACAAGAAACCAUCCUGUCAUGUAAGGUGUACCGCUGGGCCGACCACUCGAGCACAGUGCUGCAGCGGCUGAACGAGCAGCGCCUGUGUGGCCUCUUCUGCGACGUGGUCCUGGUGGCCGACGAGCAGCGCGUGCCGGCCCACCGCAACCUGCUGGCCGUGUGCAGCGACUACUUCAACUCCAUGUUCACCCUCGGCAUGCGCGAGGCCUUCCAGAAGGAGGUGGAGCUCAUCGGCGCCUCCUACAUCGGGCUCAAGGCCGUGGUGGACUUCCUGUACGGCGGGGAGCUGGUGCUGGACGGUGGCAACAUCGACUACGUCCUGGAGACGGCCCACCUGCUGCAGAUCUGGACGGUGGUGGACUUCUGCUGCGAGUACCUGGAGCAGGAGGUGAGCGAGGACAACUACCUGUACCUGCAGGAGCUGGCCUCCAUCUACAGCCUCAAGCGGCUGGACGCCUUCCUGGACGGCUUCAUCCUCAGCCGCUUCGGCACGCUGUCCUUCACGCCCGACUUCCUGCAGAACGUGUCCGUGCAGAAGCUGUGCGCCUACCUGGGCAGCAGCCAGGUGCAGCGGGAGUGCGAGCACGACCUGCUGCAGGCGGCCCUGCAGUGGCUGACGCAGCGGCCCGAGCGCGAGGCCCACGCCUACCAGGUGCUGGAGAACAUCCACUUCCCCCUCAUCCCCAAGAACGACCUGCUGCACCGCGUCAAGCCGGCCGUGUGCUCACUGCUGCCCCGCGAGGCCAACUGCGAGGGCUUCAUCGAGGAGGCUGUGCGCUACCACAACAGCCUGGCGGCCCAGCCCGUCAUGCAGACCAAGCGCACGGCCCUCCGCACCACCCAGGAGUGCCUGCUGUUUGUGGGCGGCGAGGUCUCCGAGCGGUGUCUGGAGCUCAGCGACGACACCUGCUACCUGGACGCCCAGAGCGAGCAGUGGGUCAAGGAGACGCCCCUGCCGGCCCGGCGGAGCCACCACUGCGUCGCCGUGCUGGGGGGGUUCAUCUUCAUCGCCGGUGGCAGCUUCUCACGGGACAACGGAGGGGAUGCGGCAUCCAAUCUUCUUUAUAGGUAUGACCCCCGCUGUAAACAGUGGAUCAAGGUGGCCUCCAUGAACCAGCGCCGCGUGGAUUUCUACUUGGCCUCCAUUGAAGACAUGCUGGUGGCCGUCGGCGGCCGGAAUGAGAAUGGAGCGCUCUCGUCGGUAGAGACCUACAGUCCCAAGACCGACUCGUGGUCCUAUGUAGCCGGCUUGCCAAGGUUCACGUACGGCCACGCGGGCACCAUCUACAAAGACUUCGUGUACAUCUCGGGGGGCCACGACUACCAGAUCGGCCCCUACCGCAAGAACCUGCUGUGCUACGACCACCGGACAGACGUGUGGGAAGAACGGCGGCCCAUGACCACGGCACGUGGCUGGCACAGCAUGUGCAGCCUGGGGGACAGCAUCUACUCCAUCGGCGGCAGCGACGACAGCCUCGAGUCCAUGGAGCGCUUCGACGUGCUGGGCGUGGAGGCCUACAGCCCGCAGUGCAACCAGUGGACCCGCGUGGCACCACUGCUGCACGCCAACAGCGAGUCGGGGGUGGCCGUGUGGGAGGGCCGCAUCUACAUCCUGGGCGGCUACAGCUGGGAGAACACGGCCUUCUCCAAGACGGUGCAGGUGUACGACCGCGAGAAGGACAAGUGGAGCAAGGGCACCGACCUGCCCAAGGCCAUCGCCGGCGUGUCCGCCUGCGUGUGCGCCCUGAAGCCACGGCUGGAGGACAAGAAGAAGAAGGGCAAGGGCAAGAGGCCCCAGGACCGCGGCCAGUGACCCCGCCGCCGCCGCCACCUCCGGCGCGUCUGGAGACCAGCAGCCACGUGGUAGAAUCCCGGAACCAUUAUCAACGACUUAGCAGCUUUUUUUACUUUUAUGAUUCUUGGUAUUUCUAUGAUAUCACAGUAACCGAUUAAAUAUUCUGUAUGACUUGACAUACUAUCUUGCUCGAAUAAUUAAAGCGGGGCCCAGGCAGGAGCGACCCCCUGUGUCUGUGCAGGGCUGCUUCCCACGUUGCGAACCCCCAUGGGUGACCCCCCCCCCGACCGUCCCCCAGAGAGCAGCCAGGGCAGGGGUGACGCAGAAAUUUUCCUAUCGAAACGAAGGGCUGCGGUGGGACAUGGCAGACUCCCUGGUCCACGCCUCCCCACACCUGGCUGAGCUUUGAAGAAAACAGGUUCCUGAGCCCCGCCUCAGAAUGAUCCAGUCUGAAACUACCAGGAGUGGUGUAGGGGAGCCUAGAAACUCCUUUAGCCGGUCCCUGGGACGACUGAGCGUCGGCCAUGUUCGGAAAUCACCGGCAAGGGCGUCUUUCCAGGUGGAGCACAGAGACCCACAGGGGGCGCCCGCGUGACCGAGAGCCACCAGCUUGCCGGCAGUCAGGCGAGCCGUGGGACUGCUCACCAGGGAGGUCUCCCCACCCGGAUUUCUUGCUCAGGUGACUGCUGCUUCUAAAUAAUCCUGUUUCUCCUGGUUGGUCGUCUUCCCGAAUUCUAAAAGGGGAUAGAUAAUCAAGGAAGAAAGGUAAAAAAGGGCGCCUUAUUCUGUGAUUUGUGCUCUCGUCUUUUUACUGUUUCUUUUUUCUGGAACCCGCUGUUUCUCAGAUUACUGAUGGACUGAGCCCCACAGAUCUCCAUUUAUCACUCAGGAAAGAAAAAGGGAGCCCGCAGAAUGUGCCAUUGUCUCCUGUGACUCCAGCUCUGAGAAGCCACAGGAAGCUCCCACACGAGUGAGUGAGGGCCCGUGGAUCCCCAGCAAGGGAAGGUUGUCCGAGUACCUCCCUCGACUCCAGCGCCAGAUCCUGGUCCUGGCCGUCCGUGCUGGGGGCAAAGUUCUUUAACAAGUCAUGAGCUGUUUCCCCCCUCAUUAAGUGACAGAUGAAACAACGGCCAGGUCUCCUCCCAGGGGUUAAGCUCGCUCAGUCUAUAUAAGCUGUGAAAGUGGAUUCCGCACCUCCUCAGGAGAUGCGUGACCGGCCAGGCCUGGCUCCUGCAGUUACCGGAACUCACAACAGUAGCGUGUGCCAUUUAAGGAGAGUUUGAGACUCGUGCCCAAGCCGCUGUGUCACACCAGGACGAUGGGCAUGGGGUGGGUUUUAAUCACGAGCCAAGGGAAGCCUUAGUGAUCUAUACUGUAGCAGAGAUCUGACUGCAGAGACGAGGACACUUCAAGAUUUAUCGUUAACAUUGCUAUUAGAAUAAGAAUCUCAGUUAACUUCUUUUUUCCUUUUUUGUCUCUUUACUACACUUCCUUUCCUUUCUCUCAAAGGUUUACUGUGAUUUUGAUUGGCCCCUUUCUCUAGUAACCAGGAGAGCUGAGAGCCACUUGGGAGCUGAAAGCUUCGGUACCCAAACGAUUGCCCCCUCUCGUGAGACGGGCGACCUGUCUGCAUAUUUAGCUGGUUCCUUGCCUAUGGAAGUCGCUAAAGGCUUCCAGACUCUUGAGAGGUUCUGCAAGGCAUACAAACAGUCAAACCAGAAAAGUGUCCAUCUUCUUGGAGCUCUUUAAAACAACAUUUAGGUGUAUUAAAGGCUCUGAGGAGUCCUGCAUUAACUACUAACCCUCCAUCAACCCAGCAUUUCCAAACUUCAUUGAGCCCGAAACCCUUCUUUUACCUCAAACCUAGUCCAGCCCUCCUCGAAACAUGUUUUGCAGAACUACUGCCAAUUUUGGGAUAAGCUUACCCCCUUCCUGUUCCAGGAAAGGUUUCAUUAUUUGAAGACCCUUUAGAAGGCACAGAACCUGUGGUCUGUUCUCCCCACCUCAGCCCAGGUCAUGAGCAAAGAGGUGGUCGUUCAGUCAGAAUCCAGGGGCAGGCUGCGCUGAGCACAUGGAAAGACCAUGCGUGCUUUGGGGAGCCGGGAAGGCUUUGACCUUGGGAAGCAGACAGGCACGAAUUUUUAGCCUAAGCCAGCUGUUGUGUUUUUGACUUCUAGGACGUGUUCCAGGAUAAGGGUGCAGUGCUGGCCUCUCUUCUGAUUUUCUUGUGCCUUGCAGGUUAACGUACCAUGUCCUGCACCUCCUAUUCUGUGAUGUCUCCCUUGCCACUGUGAAGGCUGUUUGUGAUUUACACGCCUUAGAAUCUAAUAUGAUUGAGGCGGUGAGUGUUCCUUUAAAGGUAGGGUUGAUGAGGAAGUUUCCUUUUGGAGACCAACUUCAGAUAAUUGGCAGUGGCUCCACUGCGCUAGGAAAGGUUUUCGAGCUCACUGUGGUCCGUGGAGCGGAGCAUCGUGACCCGUGAGCAGCGCCUGCCUGGCUGGAUAAGGGAGAGUAGAGUGGUGGGACUGUGGCAGGUCUCUUGCUGUCUGUGGUUUUAAGAUGGACAUCACCGUGCUAUGCAGUGCAGCUAAGAUCGGAAGAAAAUGGUUUAUAACCCAGGUGGGCAGAGCUUGGGGAUGUACUUAUGCAGGUGGCCAUUAGAACUGCAAAAUCACGAUAGUGUGAUUUCAAACCAUGGUGAUGAAGGCUUGGGUUCUCCUGGCUGCCAUGUUGAGACAGAAACAGCAACUUUUGCCAUUAUUUUGUCAAACUCAGCGCUCCGAGCUGUUCUGCUAGAACUUUGACAAUUCUUGGAUCAUCUUACUUUGACCUUUCAGAAUGAGCCUGGUGGGCUUUUAUUCAGGUUCUGAUUUUUUUCUUUUAAAGAACUAGAGUUUUAACUUCAUAUUAGUGGUAGGUUUUGAGUUUGACCCUCACCCAAGUUGGAACCCUGUUUGCUUAAGCAGAGUAGAAAAGCUGAAGAAUCCUGGUUACUUACAGUGGUCUUUCUGCUGUUUAAAAUACACAGAGAUUAUCUUAGCACCUUGCGUGUGUGUACGGCUCAAUUCGUAUUUUUAACAUCCUGCUGCUUUAGAAAUCUAGAAUACCAGGUAGGACUCCUUCUAGAUCUUGAUCUGAGCAGCAAACCUCAUGUGUGUAUUUAUAUUCUGAAUGCCCCUCCCCUUGACCCUGAAUGAUAGGAACCCCAGAAGCCAACCCUAAAGGGUGUUCAAUUUGGGAUGGGAACCCAAAUGCCAAAGGGAAGUGGAGUCCCUCCCAGGUCCCACUCUGAGUUCAGGUGAGUUCACCUGUGGCUCAAAGUGCCUGGCCCCUAAGCCAGGAGUGACCUUUGGGUGAUUUGCAGCUGUGGGGGAAGGGAAAGGACCGCACCCUGCCACCCCAACCCCCUUGUAGACUUAGCAGCCUCCUCCUCCUCUUACCCUGGUCCUCCGUGGCACGUGGCCCUGCCAGCACCUCACUUAGCUUUUGGCUCUCGGAACUUUUGGCUAGAAUCUCAGACCACUGGUCCCAAACCUGGAGGGGCAGUUCUAGCCAUGUGGCGUGGACAUCCUUGCUGUCUCCGUGGAGAUUCUGAGCAUCUUCAGAGGGAAAGGGGCAGAGUCCCCAUCUCCAGGAUAAACCUCUGAAACGUAGGGCAGCCCUCCGGGUGCUUAAGAGAGCCUGCCCUGUGUGUUCCCCAAGCCUGGCAGUUUUUAAAGUUUUUGAAAUGUUUUGAUACUUUUUGAUACCAUUUGCUAAUAACCUUUUGUAGUUGCCUGCCGGGGUUCUCCACCUCCCCCCACCCCUCGAGCUUGCGCUAGAGAGCAGGCGUCCCCGGGUCAGCGCCAGGGUCUCGCCUACCUGUGGCUGUGACUCUCCUCCAUGGCUGCGAUCUGAUACAAACUCUUGAAUUGUGUAAGGGCACACGUGGCCCGGGAAUGUGACUGUCUUGGACCCCCCAACUGAGCAGAAGGGCAGUGCUUUAUGAUGAGGACACUCUAACGCCCUGAGAUGUUGUGCAUUUCUUCCAAAGGUCCUACCUCAGCAGAAUGUGCAGAGUUGAAAAGAUACCUGGGGGCUGAUCCAUAUAUCACCUGUCCAGUACAGGUCGUUCCUCAACCCAGGGCGUGGCUGGGUCUUGAGUCACUCCCGUCCACGCCUCCUUUUAAAGAGACAUUUUAACAUGAAAUCCACAGAAGCUGUUAACAGUGAACCAUCCUGCACUUUGCAGAGUGACUACCCGUAGUUUUGGAGGUCAUUCAUUUCUUUUUUUUUCCCCCUUUUUACAUGGGUAGAAUUUGUGGCUUCGCAGGGUGUUUGGGGGUCUCAAGAAAUUGUCUUUUGGUUGCCUUAGUUAAAAGAGUUGAAUGAAUGUACAAAUUUUGGUGGUAGAGGGGGGCGGAGGAGAAGAACCCUCCCGUGUCAGUUUUCUUUGAGAAAAGGAACUCCACUUUUCAGAGUUACUUGAGCCGUCCUUACAGGUUUGCUUGCGGUGGAAGGAAAAGUCCUUUGGAUCAACUGAAAUCCAUCAUCACUACCAGCCCCCUUGCAAAAUGAGUAAGAUCUUUGAUGAUUAAGUAUUGAUAAUUCAUUGGGUAUGUUCUGGCUACUCAUGUUACCGAAAUCUGUAAUUACGUGUGUGCUCUUUUUUUAAUUUGUUGCUUUUGUAUUUGUAGUUGUAUGACACCCAAAGCUUUUCUGUGUCUUACCUCUUCUUUAAUUUUCUGCACGUUGAUUUUUCCCCCCUCUGUUUUUAAUUCCAUAAAGAAUAUUCAAUUCUCAAAACACAUUAAACAUGAU